AUGUGUUCAGAAAAGAAAAACUUAAUUCAGAAAAGUGUUGAAGUGACGAUGCUAACAGUAUUGAUUUUAUUCACUGAUGACAGUUGUAAGGAUGAAGGCAAAGCUAACAAGAUGUUUUUAUUCAAAAAUGAAGUGAUGAAUUUUAAUUAUGCGUUUUAUGGGAACAACAAAAUAUUACAUGAGUUAUAUGAUAAUGUAUUUGGGAAAAUUUUAACUUGUGGACCAGCUCCUGAUGAUCCAGCAAGUCAAGGCCCAGAUAUAUUGUACAAAGAGGAGAAGAUAUGGUAUUUCAGGUAUCGAUGUUUGACAAAAGCGAUACGAAAGUAUCCAGGAUACCAUGGAUACAUUUAUAGUAAUGAUGAUCUUAUUGUGAAUUGGUGGAAUUUGCUAAAACUUGAUCGAAAGAAAGUAUGGCAGAGCGGUAUCGUAGACUGGAGACAAAAGGCGUAUGGUAAAAUUGUUAACAAUGCUUGGAUGUGGUGGACGUAUGAUAUGGGACUUAAAGCAUGUCAAAAAUAUUAUGAGGAAUUAAAACGACUUGCUGAAAGUAACCCAAAGGAAUAUAAGAAAUAUCUAGAUACUUAUUUAGCAAAUAGCCAAGGUGAACCAAGAUGUGCCAAAGGCUGGUCAGAUAUGUUUUAUGUUCCAGGAAGAUUUGCCCAAGGUUACGCAAAACUUUCUGACAUUGCAUACAAAAAUAAACUUUUUUUAGAAAUAGCUGGAAAUAAUCUGAUACGUACUUUGGAUAAAUUAGAAAAUUUCGAAUAUCUUAAUGGAACUUAUCUUCCCGACUUAUUCGUAGGCGAUCAUUCCGCAGAUGGAUUUAAAAAAGUUUACAAUAAAAGAAUGACUUUUCUUCAUCCAGUAAAAUUAAAUUCAAAAACAGAUAAAGAUCAAAUACAAACAAUUAUACGAAAUGAACUUGUUAGUUAUAAAAAAUUAUUAACUGAAUGUUAGUUUAUUGAAUUACACACGUACUUUUUACAGGAAACAUGCUUUCUGAAUCCACCCUAGAUGUUGUUUGAAUUUGGAGGACUUUUUUUUAGAAAGAACUGACCCCUAU